GAAAAACAGAGGCCAUUCCCUUUACAUUUUGAGCUAUCCUUUAUAUACGUUUUGUCUUCUCCGACGGCCACUAGGUUCGCCUCAAUCCUCAAGACAAGAAGUAUCCUUCUCUCUACUUCCAUGUACAUAAAAGAGCAGCCUACGCUCGACUUAGAGGCAAGAUGAAAUCUACGGGGCAUUGUUUGAUUGCUUCUUUAACUCCUUUUCAUUCUGUUAUCCUAAAAAACCGUCGCAGAUUGUCAUCAAACUUCUUUUAUGGAAGUACAAGCAAAACAAGGACAUUGUGUGCUUAUCAUCAAAAGUCCAAACUCCACUCUACUUCUCUAAUGGGUGCAGAGCGCUAUCCUCCUCCGUGGUUCAGUGUUGCUCCCAUGAUGGAGUUGACAGAUAACCAUUACAGAACUUUGGCCCGUCUUAUCUCAAAACAUGCAUGGCUCUACACAGAAAUGCUUGCUGCAGAAACAAUUGUCUACCAGGCUGGCUAUUUGGAUAGGUUCUUGGCAUAUGGCCCUGAGCAACAUCCGAUAGUGCUUCAAAUCGGGGGAAAUAAUUUGGAGAACUUGGCCAAAGCGACACAACUGGCAGCUCCUUAUGGCUAUGAUGAAAUUAAUUUUAAUUGCGGAUGUCCUAGCCCUAAAGUAGCUGGACAUGGGUGUUUUGGUGUGCGACUCAUGCUUGAUCCAAAGUUUGUUGCUGAGGCCAUGUGCGUAAUUGCUGCAAAUACAAAUGUUCCCGUGAGCGUGAAAUGCAGAAUUGGAGUUGAUGACCACGACUCAUACAACGAACUAUGUGAUUUUAUUUACAAGGUUUCUUCUCAGUCACCAACUCGGCAUUUUAUUAUACAUUCCCGGAAAGCAUUACUGAAUGGAAUCAGCCCAGCAGAUAAUCGAAAAAUUCCCCCGCUCAAGUAUGAGUACUACUAUGCCCUCUUGCGUGAUUUCCCGGAUCUACAAUUUACGAUAAAUGGAGGCAUAAAUUCUAUUGAGGAGGUUAAUGAGGCACGUACAGAAGGAGCUCAUGGGGUUAUGCUGGGACGUGCAGCUUACAGCAAUCCAUGGCAGAUUCUGGGACUUGUUGACAGCGCUGUAUAUGGUGCACCUCUCCGUAGCAUAACCCGGCGCCAGGUUCUUGAACAAUAUCAGGUCUAUGGUGAUUCAGUCGUUGGAAUGUAUGGGGGGCUUAAGCCAAGCAUGCGGGAUGUUGUCAAGCCUCUGCUCGGUCUAUUUCAUGCAAAUCCUGGAAAUGGUCCAUGGAAGCGUAAGGUUGAUGCUGCUUUCAAGCACUGCACGACAAUUAAAUCCCUUUUUGAGGAGACAUUGGUGGCAAUUCCAGACUGGGUCCUUGAUUCCCCUAUUACAGAAGUACCAUCUGGUAGUACGGAUAAAUUCAGCAAGGCGAAGAGUUUGUUGCCUCCUCCAUACACAGUUAAUGAAGAAGAAUUACUAUAUGCUUAAAUAUACAUGGUUUUCCCCCUUUGAGUUCGUAUCCACCGAGAAUGUAUUCUUUCUUUCAAUAUUAUGUAUUCUAAUUGCCUCAUUUUUUGGGGGGAGACCAACUCUCUCCAAUGUAACCAGCUACAUGGCUUGUAAAAGUGAACUCACUGCUGCUAUGAAGUGGAAACAGGUGCUACUGACAUAUUUUCCUAAUUUUCUUUUUAUAUUAAUAUAGAGAAAUGGAAAGGAACAAUGAGGAUCAAAGUCAUAUCUAUUGUGUAAAUUGAAAGAAUCCCCACUGAACUGUACGUCUUGAUGACAUUAGAUUCUUGGAAUGACACAUCUUGUUCAUUUA